UACGAAUCUCUGAGUACAUUAAUUUUUUUUUUUUUAAAAAGGUGGGUAAAUAAAAACCUGCAACGAAAGCAAUGGGCCGGAGUGGUUUCUUCUUGUUUCGUCAAACGUUGAUUCUUCCAUCGCCAGACUCCGCGACUCGUUCUCUCUCUCUCUCUCCCUCCAAAACAGUAUCUCUGUCUCUUCCUCCAGAACGACCAGAGUUUGGAAAGAAAACGAAAGAGUGAGCCAUGACUGCGGCCACGAUGAAGAUCGCGUUCGGGCUUCUAACACUCGUCACUGUCGGAAUGAUUAUUGAGUACCAAGGAUUCGGUUUAAUAAACAGCUUGGUUGUUUGUGGACGUUCGUUUUCUUUUCUGAGCGCAAAUUAAGAGUAAACGAAGAAGAGAUUUCAUCUAUGCUUUCCCUCCAUUUUUCUUGGCUACAAGCAUACCUUUCAGCUCUAAUACGAGUUAUUCGGUUUCUAUAGCUUAGAGUGAAUGAAAUUAACAUAUUCAGUGGAUUAUACUAUUUAUGUUGCUGUCCGAGUUUAUUCCAUGAAUUUCUUGGCCAGUAUUAGUUGUUUGAUAUAUUUCCGAUAAAUAUCAACGAUCUUGAUCACUCGUCUACGGCCAUCCAAGUGAUUUUUCAUAAAUAAACUCGGAAAGGAAAAGCCGCCGGAGUGAAUUCAACAAAGUUUGAAAUUACGGAAUUUCACGAGUUUCAUUGGUUUCAGGUCUAGCUGGAAAUGUCAUAGUGAGGGGUGGAUUAUAUUAUUGUGCUUUGUUCCAAUUAGCAUUCAUACGAAGGUUGGAAGACUCCUAUGAGGUUCCAUCAUUUAGAAGAUUGCGGGGAAAUCAGAAUGAUGGCUACCUUCAACUGCCCAAAGGUCAAACCUGAAGUAAUUAGCUGGUCACCUCGAAUAAUUGUACUUCAUAAUUUUUUGAGCAUGGAGGAAUGUGACUACCUUAGGGCUAUAGCCCUCCCCCGACUUCAUAUUUCCACUGUAGUGGAUACAAAAACUGGGAAGGGAAUCAAAAGUGGUGUUAGGACUAGCUCUGGUAUGUUUUUAAGUCCUGAAGAAAAGAAGUAUCCAAUGAUACAGGCAAUUGAAAAACGAAUAUCUGUCUAUUCUCAAGUACCAGUAGAAAAUGGUGAGCUCAUACAAGUAUUAAGGUACGAAAAGAGUCAGUAUUACAAACCCCAUCAUGACUACUUUUCGGAUACUUUCAAUGUGAAGCGAGGUGGUCAGCGAAUAGCAACAGUCCUUAUGUAUUUAAGUGACAAUGUUGAAGGAGGAGAAACGUAUUUCCCUAUGGCUGGUUCGGGUGAAUGUAGCUGUGGUGGGAAGAUUGUCAAAGGGUUGUCUGUAAAUCCCAACAAAGGAGAUGCUGUGCUUUUUUGGAGCAUGGGACUAGAUGGAGUGUCGGAUCCAAAUAGCAUACAUGGAGGAUGUGAGGUAUUGGCAGGGGAAAAGUGGUCGGCCACAAAAUGGAUGAGGCAGAGAACUACUUACUGAUUUCAAUUUUGCUAACCCAUUUCUCACAAAUACAGAAAGGGAUCCCUCUUCCUGGGUUUUUCCUCCUGACCAGUGAUUGUGAAUAGUUUUUCAGAUGUAUUAAGCCUCGUUUGGUUAUACAGUUGACAGUUCAGAUGAGAUGAAAUUAAAUAUUUUGUUGAAAGUGGAAUAAAAUAUUGUUAGAAUA